GCACAAAAAGCCAAACAACAGGAACGACAAGAGACAACCAGAACCAAGUGGAUAAGUAUGAGUUGUCCCAGAUUGCAAAGUCAGGUCGGCUGCGAGACCAGACUGAGUUGCAAUGAACUUCAGGUACUGGGGUUCGAGGGUCGAGGCGGCCUGGGGCAGAGCGGUCAGAUGAGUCCAAGUGAUCUGAGUAAAUCAGUCAGCCAAGCUCCAUGACCAAAGAGAGCAGGGUGGUUGUGGUUGCUAGUGCUGUGGAUUGUUGUGAUUGCUCUGAUUUUGCCGGUGUCGAAUCACAGAGGAUGGCCCCUGAUUUUUCAUUUUUCGAAGACGCGCAGUGGCAGGAGAGAAGAAAAAAAGGGACCACGGAGUGCAGUCAGUUAGGGUGCGCGACAGAACGCGGUCGGGGGAUGGCGCGAUAUUUGUACAAUCAGGAACGUCAAAAUCGAGACAAGCGUUCCUGGUCUGUGGCCCUUUUUUUUUGUGGGCAGCCUGAUUCAGUUUUUGCUGGUCGCUGCGCUGCAACCACCCAAUUGCCGGCUUUGUGGUUGUUCUGCCCGAUUUUUUUUACCCUUGCAGCCUGGGGUGCCACACCAACUGCCACGCCCUGUUUUGGGACUAGCCCCAUUGGCCCCGAUCAACACUGUGAAAGGCGCAGGUGAUCCGUGAUCUGGCGCUCUACGCGAAAACUACUUAACUCACACAUCCCCCACCAGCACUCUGCUUCUCCCAUCCAUUCCAUUUUCCAUCAGCAAACUUCCGCUCUACCAUCAACCAACUCAUCCAGACCUUUGAGUCUCUCGUCCUUGCCCAACUACACCAACUUUUUCUCAACUUUUCCACCCACUCAACUCUAUCAAAAUGACUGGCGGCGGCAAGUCCGGUGGCAAGGCGAGCAGCGGCAAGAACGCGCAAUCUCGUUCUUCCAAGGCUGGUUUGGCUUUCCCCGUCGGCCGUGUUCACCGUCUUCUCCGCAAGGGCAACUACGCUCAGCGUGUCGGUGCCGGUGCUCCCGUCUACCUCGCCGCUGUUCUUGAGUACCUCGCUGCCGAAAUCCUCGAGUUGGCUGGCAACGCCGCUCGUGACAACAAGAAGACCCGUAUCAUCCCCCGUCAUCUCCAGCUCGCCAUCCGCAACGAUGAAGAGUUGAACAAGCUCCUUGGGCACGUCACCAUUGCCCAGGGUGGUGUCCUUCCCAACAUUCACCAGAACCUUCUUCCCAAGAAGACUGGCACCAAGCCCGGCAAGAACGCCUCGCAAGAGUUGUAAAUGGGUUGUGGAAUUUUGUCGUCUUUUCUGCUUUCAUUUUUCGGUCGGCACGUUGGGUUCAUGAUAUUGGGGUCACGGUCUAGGGUCAACGGUUGCUUUUUAUCGCGUUUGCGGGUUGUACAUUAAUUCCAUGAUGGGCAUGGUCAUGGAUGGGCACGAAUGAGAAUACCUUCUAAAGAUCAUCAU